UGUAAAGUUUCCCGCUUUUGCAGAUCAUUGCCGGACAUGUAAAGUGAGGGAAAAACGAAGCCAUCCGAAAUCCAAAAGCAGAAGAGAUAGAAGACAAAGGUUUGAGAAACAUGUUGCAGUGUCGAGUGAAUUUCCUAGAUGACACCCUCUUUACGUGGGAACUUGAGAGGGAUUCCCUGGGUCAGGAUCUCUUCAAUAAAGUCUGUGAACAUCUUAACCUGUUGGAAAGGGAUUAUUUUGGUCUGGUUAUGUGGGAUUCUCCAACUAACAGGGUAUGGCUGGAUUGUGCUAAAGAAAUCCGAAAACAGAUAAAAAGUCCAGUAGCUGAGUUCUUUUUCAGUAUCAAGUUUUAUCCACCCGACCCUUCAAUUUUAGCUGAAGACAUAACAAGAUAUUUCCUAUGUCUUCAUCUGAGAAAAGAUAUUCUGAUUGGUCGGCUGCCCUGUCCAUCAGACAUCUUGGCUCUUUUGGGUUCAUACACAGUUCAGUCAACACUUGGUGAUUAUGACCCAAAUCUCCACAAGAACAACUACGUUAGGAAAAUUGUUCUUGCACCAAAUCAGAGUAAAGAGCUGGAGGAGAAAGUGAUGGAGCUGCACGCCACGUACAGAUUUAUGAGUCCUGCCCAGGCAGAUCUGCUGUUUCUUGAGAACGUCAUGGGACUCCCAAUGUAUGGCGUCGACCUUCAUCCUGCCAAAGAUGCCAGCGGUGAAGAUGUUAUGCUUGGCGUGUGCUCCGAGGGACUGAUUGUAUAUGAAGAUGGUGUAAAAACAAAUUCCUUCUUCUGGCCUAGAGUGCUGAAAAUCUCGCACAAACGCAACACCUUUCUUCUCAAGAUGCGCCCUUCUGAGGAGGAUGCGUCUGAGGGUAACCUCAGCUUCAGUUUGGCCAACUACAGAGCCUGCAAACAAUUGUGGAAAUGCUCUGUGGAACAUCAUAGUUUCUUCAGAAACAGACUUCAAGAUACAAAAGCAAAAAGACUCCUGACUUUGGGUUCAAGAUUUCGUUAUCAUGGACGCAAACAGUCUGAGUGUGUGGAGGCCAGCAGUAACAUCACUCGCGCUCCUCCACGUUUCACACGGUACAGCAUCAAAAGAAAAGCAAAUGAAGAAAUUCUUGAUGUGCUAAAGCUACCAGUUCGAGCAGAGGUAGAUGACUGGUUUCUGGUCUAUGGUCCAGAAAAAUGGCACAUUUACACCUCAGAUGAUGUGAUGCUUGAAAGCCAAAAGCUGCAGGAGUAUAAGCAUCACGCAGAUGACUGGUGUGUCCUCCUUGAUGGAAGCCCAUUUUCACUAUCAGGCGUCCAGCAGCUGCUUCAGACUGAAGAACAGAGAGAGGAUCUGGAGACCUCAAAGGAGAAGCUCACAGAUGAGUUUGAAAUAAAACAAUCAUAUCAAGUUCAGGUGGUCCACGAGAGAUCUGACGUUCUAGAGAAAGAGCUUCCUGAUUAUGAAAUAAUGAGAAAUCUAAAUGAGGAGCUACUGGAAGUCGGUGGAGAACGAAUACAGAGAGUGGUGAUGACCAAAGAAUGGACACAAACACAAGACAAUGGAGAGAAAAGAGUAGAGAGGGUGGAAAGACGUGUAAUUGUCACUAAUGAGAAGAUGGUAGGUUCUGGGGACACUUCGGAGAGUCUGGAAAUUAUGGAGCAGAGGCUAGAGAAGGUGGAGGCCAUCGGGAGAAAGCUGGUUGAGGUGGAGGAGCUGAGAGUUGGAUUGCAGGAAGUGGAAAGUUUGGAACAAAGGUUACAGCAAGCUGAGAAAGAGGGGCUUCAACUGAUGAAGAAGGAUGAUUGGUACAUUUUCCUGGAUUGCAGGCCAUUAACGAUCAUUGAGACACUCAGAGAGAGACCAGGAGUAGUUCGGGACGAGUUGCAGCAGAUUGUGUAUGUUCCUAAACCAAUAAAGAAAGAAGAUGAUUGGUUUAUACUUUUUGACGUGCACCCACAAACCACAGAGAUAUCGCAGCUCCUUUCAGAUGUGAGCAGCUCUAUUCCUGAAGGGGCUCAGGCUGAAGAAGUAAAGAGAGAGGUUGAAAAAAUAGAGCUGGUGCUGCCAGAGAAGCCAAAAACACUGAUGAGAGAGGAGACGAUUCAGAGUCGAGUGACAACAGAGGAGAUCCAAAAAGAACACCAAGAGCAGGUGACAGUGAAUCAUGGCAGAUCACAGACAGCGAUCCUUGAGCAAAGAGCAACAGAGCCUCAGAGUAACCAAGAAGACGACUGGUUUGUUGUUUUGGAUGGAUCUCCAAAAACGUCAGCGUCCACUGUGAAAAGCACAUCUGUUGAGUUCCACGAAGAGACCAGAGAGGAGGUGAUUCAGAGAACAGAGCAGAAACUACAAGUGACCGUACAAGACAGGAGACCACAGCCAAUCACUGUGGAGAAGAGGACAACACAAGCAGGAGAUGUGGAGGACGACUGGUUUAUCAUUUUUGAUGUUUCUCCAAAAGAAACAGUGCGAGGUCCAGCUGUUGAGGUGUUUGUGGAGAGCAGAGAGCAGGAGAUUCAGAGCAGAGUGAGAAAAGAGGAGCGAGUGAUUGAGGUGAUGACGGUGAGCACUAGAGAACAGAUAACAGUACCAGAGACGAAGAGAAUCAGCGUAACACAAAUCCCACAGUUUCCAGUGGAGCCCAGAGACAUUGAUGACGACUGGUUUCAGCUUUUUGACAAAGUGCUUUAUGAGGAGGAGAGUUUUCCAUCAGUGCGAGGUUCGGCUGUUGAGGUGUUUGUGGAGAGCAGAGAGCAGGAGAUUCAGAGCAGAGUGAGAAAAGAGGAGCGAGUGAUUGAGGUGACGACGGUGAGCACUAGAGAACAGAUAACAGUACCAGAGACUAAGAGAAUCAGCGUCACACAAAUCCCACAGUUUCCAGUGGAGUCCAGAGACAUUGAUGACGACUGGUUUCAGCUUUUUGACAAAGUGCUUUAUGAGGAGGAGAGUUUUCCAUCAGUGCAAGGUCCAGCUGUUGAGGUGUUUGUGGAGAGCAGAGAGCAGGAGAUUCAGAGCAGAGUGAGAAAAGAGGAGCGAGUGAUUGAGGUGAUGACAGUGGGCACUAGAGAACAGAUAACAGUACCAGAGACGAAGAGAAUCAGCGUCACACAAAUCCCACAGUUUCCAGUGGAGCCCAGAGACAUUGAUGAUGACUGGUUUCAGCUUUUUGACAAAGUGCCUUAUGAGGAGGAGAGUUUUCCAUCAGUGCAAGGUCCAGCUGUGUUUGUGGAGAGCAGAGAGCAACAGAUUGAGAGCAGAGUGAGAAAAGAGGAGCGAGUGAUUAAGGUGAUGACGGUGAGCACUAGAGAACAGAUAACAGUGACGAAGAGAAUCAGCGUAACACAAAUCCCACAGUUUCCAGUGGAGCCCAGAGACAUUGAUGAUGACUGGUUUCAGCUUUUUGACAAAGUGCCUUAUGAGAAGGAGAGUUUUCCAUCAGAUAUCAGAAGCAGAGAAUUUGAGCUUCGUGAAUCAAAAGACCAAAGAGUUCAGCGUGUGGUGGAGGAGCAGUUUAGAGAGAAAAGGCUGAUCGCUGAAGAAAGGAGAGUGAGCAUUGAUGAGCGCAGAAAAGCUGCUGAAGUUCUUCCCCAGAUGAUUCCUGUUGAGGUUCGAGAGGUUGAUAAUGACUGGUUUGAGCUUCUGGAUCAAACAUCCUAUCAGAAGAGAAGUGUCCCUUCAGUUUCAGUGGUAUCUGAAGAGCGCAGGAUAAAAGAACAGGAGGACAGAAGAGUGAGACAGCAGCAGAUGAGAGGAAGAGAAGAGGAGGAGGAGAGGAGACUGAGAAAACCAGAGAAGCCAAAACAGGAGCUGGAAGCUAGAAGAGCUCAACCAUCCAUUACGGUGGCAACACACUCACAGCCACAGAUCGAAGACGACUGGUUCAUUCUUUUUGAUGUUUUACCUAAAGAAACCGUUGUGGCAGAUGUCCUGAAAGUGGAAAGGAUGGCUGAGGAACAGAAGGGAAGAGUAGAGGAAAGGAAGUGGAUAUUGGAAGAAGAGAGGAGGAAACUGGAGGAAGAAAGAAGGUUGCUGGAAAAAGAGAGGAGGAGACGAGAGGAAGAGAUGUGGAGACGAGAAGAAGAGAAGAGAAUUCAGAUCAAGGCAGAGGAAAGACUGAAAAGAGCAGCCGUGUCAGAGGAAAGAGCAGUGCAGCUGCAGACAGAAGUGGAGGAUGACUGGUAUAUGCUAAUGGGCAUUACCCUCAAAGAUUACAUUCCAAGUGCGCCAUCAACACCAGUUAUUUCCCCAGUAUCUCUGCCUAAACUCCGCCCACAGAUCCCUGUCGACCAACCGCUGACUUCUACUCCAACCGCACAAUCUGCGUCCAUUACAAAAACUUAUAAGGAGAGGACGAAAGACAUACUGGACAUCACAGUGGAGUCUGAGGCUGAGACCGAGUCAUCGCUCAUGAGGAGGACAUGGACGAAGAAAACUGAAGGAGAGAGCAUUUAUGUUCGUCACAGUAUUCUGAUGCUGGAGGACCUUGAUGUGUCUCAGGAGAUGAUAAUGAAGCACCAUGCUAGCGUUACUGAACUUAAGCGUGUCUUCAUGGAGGUCAAAGAUGAUUUCGGGCCCACUGAAUGGGACAGGCGUCUCUCUUCAUACUCACCUACUCUCAAACCCCAGCUUCCACAUGCCAACGGCGAGAUACUUGUCAAAAUGGGCUUGAUGGACGAAAAUGGAAAAACGAUCCUGCUUCGCACACAAGAAGAAAUAUUUGCUUGAAUUCAACACGCUUAAACAUUAAUUUUUUAUGCAUUUGCAUAUAAUCACUGCCGAAUCAUUUAACGAUGGGAAUAUGUGGAGAAAAAAACAGCUUUGCAUGUUUUAUAGAACAUAAUAAUAAUAUCCUCUGCGGUGUUUAUCAGUUUGAUCAAUGUAAUUUACAUGAUGAUAAUAUAUCUACUGAAUUAAAAGUAUCACAUAAUUUGAGUUUUAAGUUAAAAUGAAAAUACAAAUGCCAGGCUUACGUUUAGCUUAUUUCACCCGCUUACACCUAUUAACUUGUAAUCAAAAGAAAUAAAAGCUAACAUGUGCACUGA